GCAUUCUUUGAAUCGUAUACCACAUCCACAUGUAAUGUAUCACAUUUUAUCAAGAGCCACGUGACCCUGUGGUACCGCUACUCGCCUAGUCAGCUACAAUUUGUUAUAAAAUUUGCUGCAUACUUGCUUUGGUUGGGAUUUCCCAUCUCCAUCUUCUUCCUAAUCUUCCGUCAGAGGCUUCGGAGCAAGUCUCUCUGGCUUUUAUCUUCCCACUGCAUUCAUUUUCUUCCCUAUGUAGUAUACAACCAGGCGUUGUGGCGCUGUUUGGGACUUGGGGAGAAAUGGGAGACACGUGCGAGGAUUGCCGAAAAUGGGAAGAGGACUUUUACUGGACCCAUUUUCAGUCCAUGCAUUUCGCUCAGUUUUUGGCUCAGGGUUUCGAUCGGCAGCUUAUCAUUCCCAAAAAGUUUGCUGACAAUUUAAAGGAUAGACUACCUGAAACUGUAGCUUUUAAGGGUCCAAGUGGUAUUACAUGGAAUGUAGAGUUGACCACAAGUGGUGAUACCUUGAUCUUCAAAAAUGGUUGGAAAGAAUUUGUGAAAGAAAAUUGUCUUGAAGAAAAUGAUUUCUUGAUCUUUAGAUACAACAGGAACUCACAUUUUGAUGUUUUAAUAUUUGACCGACAAAGUUUAUGUGAGAAGGAAGCUACAUAUUUUGUCAGGAGGUGUGAGCAUGCAAAAUUUGAAGGUGGAUGCAGGCCAAAAGGGGAUGCAAAGGAGAAUUCUGUGGAAGUUGUUUGUAAUUCCUUGCAUGAUGAUGACCAAUGCACUUCAUCAAAGAAAUCUCAGAAGAUGGACCAUGGGACGCCAGUGUCAUCAGCACAGCGAUCCAUCUGCAGAACAAGGCAGAGGAUGACUCGGAAGAAAGUUGAGAACUAUAAUUCAGGUGGACAAAUAAGCAUCAAUAAAACUCCAUCAAAUUAUGUGCAAUAUAUAUCAAAUAGGCGGCCUGUCACUGAAGAGGAGAAAGAUAAGACCUUGCAGAAGGCCCUAGCAACAUCCAACAAAGAGGGUUUCUUAGUAAUAAUGCGACCCACCCAUGUAUACAAGAGAUUUUUUGUGGUAGUCCCAACGGAAUGGGUCACCAGCCAUCUCUCUUGGCAAAGCCAAGAUGUGAUUCUUCGUCACAAGGAAAAUAUAUGGCAUGCCAAGUACUAUGCUCGAGGACGUAAUGCAGGACUAACUGGUGGAUGGAAGCAUUUCGCUGUAGAAAAUAACUUAGAAGAGUUUGAUGUUUGUGUGUUUGAGCUUGGUGACCAACUGCACAAUACUGUGGUGUUGGAUGUUGGCAUCUUUCGAGUUGUCGAGGAGAUGGUACCCCUGAUCUCUUCCUAGGGGUGUGGAAGGUUAUCAUAAAGCGCCAAGAGAAAAUCUUGUAAGACCUUUUGAACUUGCUCUUAUUUUGGUCUAGAUGUAGGUUGUUGCCCAAUGUUGACGUCUGUAAAUAUUAAAUAAUGCAUGUUCAGAUAGACUUCUUUGGGAUUGCAUUUUGAUCAAACUUAUGGUUGAUUUACAUAAGGAUCUUGUGCUUAGGUUUUGUUUUGUAUUAAGUUUUGCUGUUGGCACCGGACUUUAAUUUUUGAAAAGCAUAGUCUGGCAAAGUUUCUAGUAAAAAUAAUAGAUUAAAAUUUUUGAA